GAGAGGUCAAAAAGCAAUACACCGAGAAUUAUGUGAUAAUGAUCAGAAAGAAUAAUAAUGAGAUAUUAGCCAAGAAGAAUCAUACGAAUUGUAUGGAUAAUUAUGAGACUUUUGAAGAAUUAAAGGAAUAUAGAAAAAGCACUCUCUUUUUAUUAUUGGCCGUUGAUAAUAAAUUGGCGAAUAAAUACGAAAACUGGUUAAUAAAAAAUGAAGCAAAGAGUAAAAAAGAUUCUGAGAAUUUUAAACAGUUUAUGAAAAAAAAUGAUGAUUGGUGGAAUAAUGAUAAAAACCAUAAAAUAAUGUCCAUUGCUGAUCAUAUUGUGAAAUCAGAAAAAGAGCUUGAUAAUAUAAUGAACAAGUACUCAGAAUUGACAGCAUCAAGAACAAAUUGUAUGAGCCGUAAAGUUGGAUGUGUAUUAGUUAAAAACGGUUAUAGGGUAAUUGCAACUGGAUAUAAUGGAACACCCACAGGUAUUAAACAUUGUAUUGAAGGCAAUUGUAAAAGUUGUAGUGGUGAAAAUAAGGAGUAUUGUAAAUGUAUACACGCUGAAGAAAAUGCGUUAAUGAUAGCUGGAAUGGAAGCAGAGGGUUGUACUCUUUAUUGUACUACCCGCUAUAAAGAUUUGGAUGAGGUCAAAGAAUUAUUUAAAGAAGCUGAUGAAAUUAAAAAAGAGGCUAAACGCAAAAUUGAUGAAGCUGAUGAAGUUAAAAAAGAGGCUAAACGCAAAAUUGAUGAAGCUGAUGAAGCUAAAAAAGAGGCUAAACGCAAAAUUGAUGAAGCUGAUAAAGCUAAAAAAGAGGCUAAACGCAAAAUUGAUAAAGCUGAUGAAGCUGAUGAAACUAAAAAAGAGGCUAAACGCAAAAUUGAUGAAGCUGAUGAAACUAAAAAAAAGGCUAAAUGCGAAAUUAAUGAAGCUGAUAAAGCUAAAAAAGAGGCUAAACGCGAAAUUGAUGAAGCUGAUAAAGCUAAAAAAGAGGCUAAACGCAAAAUUAAAGAAAAAAAAGUUGAAGACAAUACAUUAGAACGUCUAGAAGCUAAUUUACUACCUCCAAAAAAAUUUAUGCUAUAUCCUUUAAAUUUGUAA